AUUUGUUGAACAAGUAUUAACACUUUUUAUCUACAUGAUGCUUAAAAUUAGAACCAAUAUAGUGAACUAUAAUCCCGAAAUUUUUGCAAAAUUUCAGUUCCUAACCCAAAUAUCAGUUCCAUUUUUCCGCUGAAGAAAAAGGCAAAACCUAUAAAAAUUUGAGCUUUACCAUUACGCUAAUUAGGGCUUUGUAAUUGGUGGAUUUGAAAACCCAGAAUCGAAAAUGGAGGCCAAAAUCAACCGAUUCUUUGGGCCAAUAGUUACUUUCAUCAAUGGAGGGGACCAGCUUCCUUGGACCUCUCCUGACAUUGUUGUUGGCUGUGAGAGAGAAGUUGCAGAUGCUACAGAAAGUGCCUCUGAUGAAGGAAAGGAUGAAAGUAUUAUGAGAUUGUCGUGGGCCCUUGUUCAUUCUAAACGACCUGAAGAUGUGCAACGAGGGAUAGCUAUGCUUGAGGCUUCACUUGCCAACUCAAGUAGUCUACUACAGCAGCGAGAAAAGCUUUAUCUUUUAGCUGUUGGAUAUUACAGAAGCGGUGAAUAUUCAAGGAGCAGAGAGCUUACAGUACAAUGUCUGGAGAUUGCACCAGAUUGGAGACAAGCUUUGUCUCUUAAGAAGGCUAUUGAAGAUAGAAUUACUAAGGAUGGUGUCAUUGGUAUAGGAAUUACUGUGGCUACUAUAGGACUGAUUGCUGGUGGGAUUGUAGCAUCAUUGGUCCGAAGAACAUGAUCUUGGACUGCUCUAUCAAUCUUUACCAAAACAACCAUCUGAGGUUAUUAACUACUCAUUACAAUGCCACAAAAAUCCGAGUUUCAAUUGACAAAAAGAAGAUGAAUGAACCAUAUUUGUUCGUUUCUUUACCAUUCCCGGCCUUUUUCUUCUCUUCGACUCGUUUAGAGGGAGUCAGUGAAUGUUCAAUAGAAUAAUGACAGGCCACUGAAUUCUGGUGAUUAA